AUGGAUAUCGUGCAGAUUGCACGAGAGUGUGCUGCUGCCAUAGCCUUUGCUGCAAGUAUGAACCUGUUGCAUCUCUCCUGGACCUUGAGCCAUGUCCUGCUCCCGGCCUCGCGGCUCAAGAAGCCGAUCCUCUGCAAGGUGUUCGGAUUUGGCCUUAUGGGGGUCAUCAUCAACGACACCAACGACCACAUUUGCUGGGCGCCGGAGUGCAUCGAAAGGUAUCAUCAAACGGGUCCGAACGGCUUCUUGCAGAAGGUGGAGCAGUCGCUGAAGCCCAUGUGUGAUAGCUGGAGCCUGGGCACAAUUGUCUACAGCCUGGUGUGUCAUCGUCCACCAGCAGUAUCAGAGGCGCAGGCCCAGAGCAAGAAGUGGGCCUUUACCCUUGCCAUUGACGAUGUGGAUCCAGAAGCCAAGUCUUUGAUAGAGGGCCUUCUGGACGCACACCCGGAGAAGCGGUUGACCGCCUCUCGUGCACUCCGCCAUGAAUGGGUGCGAAGGCGCUGGCGUCCUCCGGCUGGGGCAGCCCAAGUCUUCACGAAGAUCGAGGAGUUUUGCCGGGCUCCGCUGGCGAAGCGGCUCUUCGGCCGCUUCCUUGCCAGGUUUUUGGAUGCAGGGCACUACCUGCAGAUUGCUGAGAGCUUUGGUGCACUUGACAACCAGGGCACCGGCACCUUGAACUUGAAGGAGCUGCAGUUGGCUGCCAAGAGGGCAGGCUCCUCCCCAGAAGCAGCAGACGUGGUCUUUCACUGGCUGGCGGCGGCUCACAAUGUGAAGGACGUGUCGCUGUUCAGGACGUUUGCUGAGACAAUGGCAGAGGAGGUCAUCGAUGGAAGGGCGCUGCGGCAUGCUUUUGAAAGUCUGGAUGACGAUGGAUCAGAGCAGGUGACUCCCCAAGAGCUGUACGACGAGCUGGUGGAGUUGGACAACCGCAUCACCAUUGCUGAUGUCGUGAAGCACGUGGAGGCGGCGGAGCUGGAGCUGGGCGAGGACGACGAGGAUAUUGGUACCCAGGACCACGCCAUUGAUUACAACGAGUUCAUGCAGCUUUUCCCUGUGCGAGUGCAGCGGAUGCGCCUACUCAAGGAUCGCCUGCAAAACUGUGAUGACACCUCCAAAGAGCUGUGCAGGCUCUUGGCGGACAGCACGCCUGCUAUCGAACGGUGGCUCAGGAAUAUAGAGACUACUACAUUGACCAUUCAGGACUUGGCAUCCAAAGUCGUGGACCCGCGGCACGUGGACACCAUGCAGGAGGCUGCCAAAGCCUUGAAGAAGCAAUUUGCCAAGCUUGAUGAAGGUUUGAAGGCCGCACCGGGACCUGCAGAUCCACAAGAAAUGAUGGUCAAGUACCGCACAGGCAAGGGUAAGAGCUUGAAAGUCUUUGGCUACAGCAGCUUUGUUCAGGACAUGGCGCUGAUCGACAAUUGGCCCAUGCUGAUAGCGAGCGAGGGCAGGAACAUGAAGAUGGCGCUGUCAGCUGGCGGGACAGGAUCAGAUUCAAUCGACAAGUGGAAGUUGCACGAAGCAGCAGAGCAAGCUGCCAAUAAGAUCCACAAGCUUUUGGCAAAGGUCAGGCUGCAGCUGGAGGAGUACACAUCUUUCUCAGAGGUGGUGACUGCCCCCGAGGCUUUGAUGGCUGGCGCAAACCUGUCUGGCCGUGGGCUCCCGCCCCGAAUGGGAGGCGACGAGGAGAUGACGACGAGCCGCGGGAAGCCAUGGAGGAUGGCUUAG